AUGUAUAGCAAUUUCAAAGAACAAGCGAUCGAGUAUGUUCGGCAGGCCGUGGCGGAGGAUAAUGCCGGGAACUACGCCAAGGCCUUCCCUCUGUACAUGAACGCCCUCGAGUAUUUCAAAACCCACCUCAAGUACGAGAAGAACCCCAAGAUCAAGGAGGCCAUCACGCAAAAGUUCACCGAGUACUUGAGGCGGGCCGAGGAGAUCCGGGCCGUGCUCGACGAAGGCGGGUCUGGCCCCACAUCGAAUGGGGACGCCGCGGUGGCGACCCGGCCCAAGACUAAGCCCAAGGAUGGCAAUGAUGGGGAGGAUGGGGAUAAGGAGAAGCUCCGGUCCGGGCUGAAUUCAGCUAUUGUUAGGGAGAAGCCUAAUGUUAAGUGGAACGAUGUUGCCGGCUUGGAGAGUGCCAAGCAGGCGCUUCAGGAAGCUGUGAUUUUGCCGGUGAAGUUCCCCCAGUUUUUUACUGGCAAGAGGCGCCCGUGGAGGGCUUUUCUUUUAUAUGGUCCUCCCGGUACUGGAAAAUCAUACUUAGCCAAGGCAGUUGCCACCGAAGCCGACUCGACAUUCUUCAGUGUUUCUUCUUCGGAUUUGGUUUCAAAGUGGAUGGGUGAAAGUGAAAAGUUGGUCUCAAAUCUCUUUCAAAUGGCUCGUGAGAGUUCCCCAGCCAUCAUAUUUAUUGAUGAAAUAGAUUCCUUGUGUGGUCAGCGUGGGGAAGGGAACGAGAGCGAAGCUUCGAGACGGAUCAAAACAGAAUUGCUGGUCCAGAUGCAGGGUGUGGGCCACAAUGAUGACAAAGUUCUCGUUCUUGCUGCAACGAAUACUCCCUAUGCUCUUGAUCAGGCCAUCCGACGGCGUUUUGAUAAGCGCAUUUACAUCCCACUUCCUGAUCAGAAAGCAAGACAACACAUGUUUAAAGUGCAUUUAGGAGAUACCCCUCACAACUUGAAUGAAAGUGACUUUGAAGCCCUAGCACGUAAAACAGAAGGUUUUUCUGGUUCAGAUAUUUCUGUUUGUGUCAAGGAUGUCUUAUUUGAACCUGUACGUAAAACACAAGACGCCAUGUUUUUCACCAAGACUUCUAAUGGUUUGUGGAUGCCAUGUGGGCCUAAGCAACCAGGUGCAGUCCAGAUAACUAUGCAGGAGCUUGCUUCACAAGGACUUGCUGCAAAGAUAAUCCCACCUCCCAUAUCAAGAAUGGACUUCGAUAAGGUCCUCGCGAGGCAGAGGCCAACAGUGAGCAAAUCUGAUCUCGACGUGCACGAGAGGUUCACAAAGGAGUUUGGCGAGGAAGAAAACGACCAACAUACCAGGCAGGCCUACAUUUAUAAUUUGUCGAAUAGCCCAAAAGAGCAAAGUGCCCGUCUCUUCUACCAACGAGCCCAUGUAUUAUCAGCCCAAAUCACAAACCUAGGGCAAAUGAACUAUAUAUACAGUCUCCAUCCCACUCGCCGGAAGAAGAAAAGGUGCUUGUGCAAGGCAAGGCAAGGCAAGGCAAGGCAGGGCUUUCGACCGUCAAAUCUCUCAAAGAUGAAGGUGAUAGCAGCUUAUUUGUUGGCUGUUUUGGGAGGCAACACCACCCCCUCCGCCGAUGAUGUUAAGGCUAUCCUUGGCUCAGUUGGAGCUGAGGCAGAAGAUGAGAAAAUCGAGUUGCUUUUGUCCCAAGUUAAGGGCAAAGAUAUCACUGAGCUGAUUGCUUCCGGAAGGGAAAAAUUGGCCUCGGUCCCCUCCGGAGGUGGAGCGGUGGCUGUUGCCACUCCAGCUGGCGGUGCAGGUGGUGAUGCACCUGCUGCUGCUGAGACGAAGAAAGAAGAGAAAGUAGAAGAAAAAGAGGAAUCCGAUGAUGAUUUGGGAUUCAGUCUCUUUGAUUGA